AUGGAGGACAUGGCAGUAGGAAACCACUGCACAGUGACUGAGUUCUUCUUGGCUGGGCUCUCAGAGAAGCCAGAACUUCAGCUUCCCCUCUUCCUCCUCUUCCUUGGAAUCUAUCUGAUCACUGUGGCAGGGAACCUGGGCAUGAUCAUAUUGAUAGGGCUCAGUUCCAACCUGCACACACCCAUGUACUUUUUCCUCAGCAGUCUGUCCUUCAUUGACUUAUGUCAAUCCACAGUUGUUACCCCUAAAAUGCUGGUGAACUUUCUGACAGAGAAGAACCUCAUCACCUACCAUCAAUGCUUGGCUCAGUUCUACUUUGCUAUCAUUUUUGGAACUGGAGAGUGUUACACAUUAGCUGUGAUGGCAUAUGACCGUUAUGUUGCCAUCUGUAACCCAUUGCUUUACAGUACAACUAUGUCCUAUCAGAUUUACUGUUCUCUGAUUUCAGGGGUGUAUAUUUUUGCUGUGUUCUGUGCAUCAGUAAACAUAGGCUUCAUGUUUAGGAUUCAGUUCUUCAAAUUAGAUGUGAUUAACCACUAUUAUUGUGAUAUUCUUCCCCUCUUUCAGCUUGCAUGCUCUAAUACCUAUAUUAAUGAAAUGUUGAUUCUAUUUUUUGGUACGUUGAAUAUCUUUGUCCCAGUGAUGAUUGUUAUUACUUCCUACAUCUUCAUCAUUGCUAGCAUUCUUGGCAUUCGAUCCACUGAGGGUAGGUCCAAAGCCUUCAGUACUUGCAGUUCCCACAUCUUGGCUGUUGCUGUCUUCUUUGGAUCUUUAGCAUUCAUGUACCUACAACCAUCCUCUGUGAAUUCUAUGGACGAAGGGAAAGUGUCCUCUGUGUUUUAUACUACUGUUGUACCCAUGCUGAACCCCUUGAUCUACAGCCUGAGGAAUAAGGAUGUUAGUAUUGCAUUGAAGAAAAUACUUGAAAGAAAGAAAUUCAUGUAA